ACGUAUUUCCGGUAAAACAAUUCAAUUCAAGAUGGCAGACCUCCUAGGCUCUAUCCUAAGCUCCAUGGAGAAGCCUCCAACAGUCGGCGAUCAAGAAAGCCGGCGAAAAGCAAGAGAACAAGCAGCAAGGAUGAAAAAGAUGCAAGAGGAUGAGAAGAGAAAGAAAGCAGAAUUUCGGAAAAAGAUGGAGAAGGAGGUGUCAGAUUUCAUCCAGGACAGUGCUGUACAGAAGAAGAAAUAUGCACCCAUGGGAAAGAUUGAGAGGAGUAUCCUGCAUGAUGUUGCGGAAGUGGCUGGUUUGACUUCAUUUUCUUUUGGUGAGGAUGAAGAGAGCAGAUACGUCAUGUUGUUCAAAAAGGAAUUUGCACCAUCAGAUGAAGAGCUGGAAGCUUACCGAAAGGGAGAGGAAUGGGACCCUCAAAAAGCUGAGGAAAAACGCAGAUUAAAGGAACUGGCUGCACAGGAGGAAGAGUCUGCCAGCCACUCGACGAAGAGGCCCGUGUCUCCCAACUCCAACUACAGGGACAAAUACAGCCAUCUGAUCGGCACUUCUGCUGCCAAGGACGCGGCACACACACUUGAGGCUAAUCGCGCAUACGGCUGUGUACCUGUGGCGAACAAGAGGGACACCCGGUCUAUUGAGGAGGCCAUGAACGAGAUCAGGGCCAAGAAACGACUGAAGAAAGAUGAUGACACUGGAGCAGGCAGUAGUAAUCCUAGUGUGUGAGCAAAGGAAAGAGAGAGAGUGUGUGAGUGUGAGUGUGUGCGUGCGUGCGUGCAUGGGUGUGUUCAUUCUGCAGACCUUAGAGACGAAUCUAUCAUUUAAAAAACAAUACGAUUUCUGAGCAGUGUUAACCUGUAGAAUAGGAAGAUGUACACAAGCAAUUAUGCAACCAAAUGUCAUCGUUUGAAGGCAGUUGUACUGUAUAAGUUGGAGUGCCUUUCCAUGUUGUAGAAUGGAUGAAUUGAUGGAUGGAUGGAUGGACAAAGUGAUUAUUUGCUCGGGGUUAAAUAUUAGAAAGGCGGAUGAGUCACAGCGCUGAUUUAUUUAACUCAGAGGAAGUCACUCACUCAUCACAGUUACAGUACAUGGAGGGAAUACUCUGGUUUCAAACAGAACAUUUCCAGUAUUCACAUUAAAGCAAGUUCCGGAAUAUUCCGUUUACAUGUGUGGAAGAGCAGCAGCGUGCUACCGGAAUGCGGCCACAUUCAGAAUGCAGAAAGACUCACCAUGACUCCUGUCCUGUGCAAGCGGAAUACUUCCAAUAUUCCGUUUGAAUCCAGAACAUUCCUUGCAUGUAACUCCGCUCAUUAUGACACAGUAGUUGGAUAGGGUUUCAUCCUGAUUGAAUGUCAGCUGGCUCUUCUUCCAACUGUGGUAUUGGCUUCCUAUGUGUUCACCAAAUCAGUGAGCCACCUUUAGUACAGUAUAUGCCCCUGUUCCACUGCACUGUGUUAAGUCAUUCUGUAAUGGCUAAGACCCUGAGGAGUUCUGUGUGACGUAGAGCACCUCUUUUAGUUACAUGUGUAUAUGCCCUGUAAAGUGUUUUGUGUAUAAAAAUGUCACAGGCCCACUGGAUAGCAAAAGCGUUGUGUGUACUGUACCAUACAGCCAUCCUGUAGUUUAUGUGUCCGCUACAGUUUUAUCAUCAAAGAAGAGGAAUGUGUGUGAAGGUUUUUUUUUUGUGGUUUGUUUUUAAUUAAUGAGUUGUGACAUUCUUAUUGGAUUUUAUUAUAUGUAUUUAGGGUUUUGUCUUCAAAUAAAUGCUUUCCGAGUCCAUUACACAAGUA